GAUGGCAACCAAAGGCCAGUCCUGGAAAUCGCCCCUCAUAUGCGGGCGUGUGAGAUGACUUUGGCGGUUUGUUAAGCCUCGGACUUCUAGCAAAGAUCCCGACUCUGGCCGUGGAAGUUGGAAGCAAGGGGCUGCCGGGUCUUCGCUGGAGAUGCCUUGAUGCCCGACGGGGCUUCGGGAGCGGUCUGGGCAGCGUCUAACCCGCUAAUAUUCCCAAAGGAACAGCCCGCCCGUUAUCCAAGCAGUGAACCUCGGAAAACCUGGACUCUCGGGAGAAGGUGUUUUUUCUGAAGAGACACAGGCCUUCCUCUUUUCUUGGUUACCUCUUUGAAUCUGUCAGUGGAGAAAGUCUACACAGCAAUGAAGUCGCUGCUGCGGCAGUAGAUUCAGGAAGAUGCAGUGGUUACCAGAGUUCCUUCAGCUGCUCCUUCUACUGGAAAUGGGACAGAGAAAUCAAGGCAUAGAAAUGUGCCCAUCUUCCCUGUGUGACUGCUCAGAUUGGUACCACUACAAAAUCACCUGCAUGGAGAUAAAGUUCAUCCCCAAACUUCCUCAGAGCACCCAGAUCUUAAGAUUUAUGGAAACACAGCUGAAAAAAAUUCCCAGUGAAGCAUUCAUCGGUCUGCCCAACAUCUCCAGAAUAUAUAUCAGCAUUGAUGCAGUGUUGCAGGUGCUAGAAGCGUAUUCUUUCAACAGUUUAAACAAAGUCACUCACAUAGACAUUCGGAAUGUUAGAAACCUAAGAUACAUACAUCCUGAAGCCUUUACAAAUCUACCCCUGCUGAAAUACCUUGUGAUCUUGAACACUGGACUUGGUGUUUUUCCUGACUUCACCAAAAUUGACUCAGUGGAUAUGACCUUUUUGCUCGAAAUUGCCGAUAAUCCAUAUAUGAGUUCAAUACCUGCAAAUGCAUUCCAUGGGCUGUGCAAUGAAUCCCUUAUACUAAAACUCUAUAAUAAUGGAUUUACCAGGAUAGAAGCACAUGCAUUUAAUGGAACAAAGUUGGAUUCUGUGUACCUCCAUAAGAACAAACAUUUAAGUAUUAUUCAUGAAGAAGCAUUUUCAGGUGUGCAAAGCGGUCCAAGCCUGCUUGACAUAUCUCAGACAGGUAUCACUAACCUUCCAGCAAGAGGACUGGAAAAUCUUAAAGAACUGAUGGCUCAAAAUACAUGGACUCUGAAGAAAUUCCCUCCAAUUAAGACUUUUCCGUAUCUAACUCAUGCGGUGCUCUCAUACCCAAGUCACUGCUGUGCUUUCAAGAACUGGAAAAAAGCCAAGGGAAUUCUGGAAUCCUUGUUAUGCAACCAAACUAACAAUUACAACUUCCGCAAGAGAAGGUCUACUGAUGCCUUGAGGAGUCCCUUUCACCAAGAUUAUAUGGAAGAGUAUUCAGAUUGGACUGAUGCAGUAUAUGAUGAAAACUCGAAAUUUAAGGAUGUGUAUGAGAAUCCUCAUUAUUAUGUCUUUUUUGAAGAGCAUGACAAUAGAGAAAUUGGGUUUGGCCAACAGCUCAAGAAUCCACAAGAGGAAAGUAUCACAACAUUUGACAGUCAUUAUGACUACAUAAUCUGUGCAGGUACUGAUGAUAUUAGUUGCACUCCAGGACCUGAUGAGUUCAACCCUUGUGAAGAUGUGAUGGGAUACAAAUUUCUAAGGAUUGUGGUAUGGUUUGUGAACUUGCUUGCCAUUCUGGGCAAUGCUUUUGUUCUUUUUAUUCUGCUCACCAGCCAUUACAAGCUGACCGUCCCACGCUUUCUAAUGUGUAACUUAGCCUUUGCUGACUUCUGUAUGGGAUUAUACCUUCUCCUGAUUGCUUCAGUGGAUCUUUACACCAGGGCAGAGUACUACAACCAUGCCAUUGAUUGGCAGACGGGUCCUGGUUGUAACACAGCUGGUUUUUUUACUGUCUUUGCUAGUGAACUGUCUGUCUUCACCUUGACUGCAAUCACCCUGGAACGUUGGUAUGCUAUUACCUUCGCCAUGCGCUUGGACAAGAAAAUCCGUCUCUGGCAUGCUUCUGUUGUCAUGCUGGUUGGUUGGCUUGUGUCUUUUCUUCUUGCCUUUUUACCAUUGGUUGGAAUCAGCAGCUAUGGAAAAGUCAGCAUUUGUCUUCCCAUGGAUACUGAAACGCCUUUGGAUCAAGCAUAUGUUAUAACUGUUUUAUUAUUGAACAUCAUUGCUUUCAUUGUCAUUUGUGCCUGUUAUAUAAAAAUCUAUGUCACUGUGCGGAACCCUCAGUAUAAGUCAGGGGACAAAGACACCAUCAUCGCCAAAAGGAUGGCUGUCCUGAUCUUUACUGACUUCCUAUGCAUGGCACCAAUUUCGUUUUAUGCCUUGUCUGCUGUGAUGAACAAGCCAUUGAUAACGGUCAGUAACUCAAAAAUCCUGCUUGUCCUGUUCUACCCACUCAACUCUUGUGCUAACCCCUUCCUUUAUGCUAUCUUCACGAAAGCUUUCCAAAGAGAUGUCUUCAUCUUACUCAGCAAGUUUGGAUUGUGUGAACAUCAGGCUCAGGUCUACAGGGGCCAAACCGUCUCCCCCAAGAACAGCAGUGGUUCUUACAGCCAGAAGAGCAGCCGAGGGACGGGUCAGAAUCUUACAAAUCUUCAAAGCAAGCCUCAUGACUCAUCUGGAGACUACUACCCAGCAGUCAUCCUGCAUACUCAAGGAAUCAUGGAAGAGAGUAAGCUGACCGUGUUAUAGCACCUGAAUGCUUACACUGUGGUUGGGUCAAUAAAAGGCUAAGUUAGAAAUCCUAUCAGUAAUGAUGUCAUAAGGAUAAGACUUCUCUCACUAAAGAAAGAAUCAUUUUUAGAUGUGUUCUGAUUUUCAUGAGCCUUUAAUCUAACCCUAAUAAGCCUUUAAUCUGUCUAUGAGAAUAUCAGGAGAUUCUUGUGAGAUUAGACCAGAGUCCUAUCUAGCCUAGCAUUCAAUUUCCAGGGUGAUGAGGUAGAUUCCUAUAGGAAGUCCACAAGGGGAACAUGAGCAUGGCAGCAUACUCCUGCUCAGGUUCCUCAAGGACUCACAGUCAUUGUUAGUCUUAUCCUUUGUCAAUUUCUCUAAUUCCCUUUUUAAGCCAUCCCUACUGAUGACUAUCAGUAGAUCUUACAGGAAAGAAUUCCAUAUGUUGUAUGAAGACAGACUUUCUUUGUCCUGAGAAACAAUUUACUUUUAUCGGUUUACCCCGUGUUCUCUUGCCUACUCUCUUCAGACUAUGUACAGUUUUAUAAUUUUUUUUGCCGCAUCUCUUCCUGCCCAACUUUUCUGCCUCCCUUCCUGCCUUCCUCUUUAGCUAAAUACUCCAAAUGUUAUAAUUGUUCUUAAGGGAGAAUUGCGCCAGCCCUUUGAUCAUUU